CACUCCCACCGUAUGCAAUGAUAAAACCGAACACCGUGGAGCCUACCAUGACGCUGGUUUAUCAACUUUGCAUAUCUUCAUCACCAUGUAGACUGCAGACCUGUUCAGUUUCUUCCUUGUACGAGAUGCCACAGAAAGAUGAUUCCAUUGCGCCUACUUCACCAGCUACUUGAAGAAGUAGCAAACGCUGCGGGUAAUGCAGGCGAUACAACUGCGAACAGCCCAUUCUCCACCAUCUCCUCGCGCAUGCCCUACCACUACCUUCGCCCCGCGUACGAGUCUUUCACUGGGGCAGCCUUACGAAUGCUUCACCAUCUUCACUCAAUACCCACACUACGCUCACUGUAGUUCAACCAACAGCAAUGGUGUACCUCAGUCUGCUCGCAGAAACGCCCUCAGCGAGUGAACCAAGCAUCUUCCCCCGCGACGACGACGACUUGUACCCAAAAGAACGCCAGGACGUCGGUUUCUUCAACUACUACUUCCUCCUACUUGGUGUCCUCGUGGUACUCAUCGCUGUCGCAAUAUGGCUCAUACACCGCCGCAAAGUCCGCCAUCGGGCGCUCUGGCGUCAGAACGGGCAACAAGCAUUGGCGAGAGACGUGGAAGCCUGGCCUGGUACACGGAGGCUACACGGACGAUGCAGGGCCACCAACUCUGUUCUCCUUCGCCCACCUGAGGGACUGAACGAGCAUGGAGAAGCGCCGCCGCCCUAUCAGCCCAAGUCGGAGGCAACAUCUACAAUUCUCCCGAUACCGCUUCGAAUCCUACCAGCAUACGAGAGCGGCCGACCACUACCGCCGCAAUACAAAGCGCUACCCUGAACGUCCUCAAGAACUUCUUAUUUGACUGAUCGAAAUGACGAACGACAUUGUGUGCUCCAGGCUCAAGUUUUGUUUCCGUCUGGUUGCAGACAGGCCUCGUAGUAGUCGGCAACCGAAGCUAUAUCCCACCAUGCAAGAGGCUGUCGAACCUUUGUAAAAGCCUGCAGCGAAGCUAUGAGGACAGGGUUUGGGUACAACUGCGGUGGAUAGUGGAGGAAAUACUUCAAUAAGAAGGAGGAGGCUACACUAGCGUCCAUUAUGUUACCCAGAGCCUUUGUCAGUCAUUACGAAUACUACCAUCAAUACCACACUCACGUUUCUU